AUGUCGAACCCACGUAUCGAAGAACUCCCAGAUAACGAGGAGCCAACCAAGCAACAAGUUACCGCAGAGGAUGAGGGAUCCGACAGCUCUGACUCUGAGGCAGAGGGAGAGGAGGUAGCUGGUAUCCCAGCAGGUUCCCAAGUCGCUUUCUCCCGCAACGAGAAGAAGGCACGCAAGUCAAUUGCUAAGCUCGGUCUUACAAGAGUCCCUGGUAUUACCAGAGUCACUUUGAGACGACCAAAGAACAUCCUCUUUGUUAUCAACCAGCCAGAGGUUUACAAGUCCCCAACCAGCAACACCUACAUUGUUUUCGGUGAGGCUAAGAUUGAGGACCUUAACUCCCAAGCUCAAGCUUCUGCUGCCGCACAAUUGGCUGCUCAAGAAUCCCACGAUCACGCCGGUCACGAUCACUCUGGCCAUGACCACUCCCACGAUCACGGAAAGGGCAAGGCUGUUGACACCGAGGAGAAGAAGGAAGAGGAAGAAGAUGACACAGAGGAGGUCGAUGCCACUGGACUCGAGGACAAGGAUAUUGAAUUAGUCAUGACUCAAGCCAGUGUUUCGCGCAACAAGGCUGUAAAGGCAUUGAAGGAGAAUGACAACGAUAUAGUCAAUUCCAUUAUGGCUCUAAGCAUAUAGGUCUAAGCUUGCUUAGCUGGAUCUUUGUGUAUUGCUGUUCAGGAUCGACUUCUAUGAAUGCGUGGCAACGGUAUUACGUGGGCAUACAGUCACACACGUCCCGAAUGAGUUUGGGAGUGCUAAAUAGUAAAACUCCAAUUUAAGCCAUGUCACCUUCAUAUACAUAGAUUUCUACUUAUACUCACCAAUUUGAAAUGUGAUGUUGUGAUGUUGC